AGCCCGUGAGCUAUGUCCUUCGUGACUGGUUUCUAAUCUCUUUCCUUCUUUCGCCUCAUGUAUUCGCCGGUAUCUGGCUAACAAUUCACUAUAUUGGAUUCCGCAAGUGUCCAGCUUACUCUCAAAGAUUCAUUAUGAUUUCAUGCAGGUUUCCUGCAAAUUCCGAGCUGUUCGUCUACGUGUGGAAGCAGUCAUGAAAUAUCCUCACAGUCAGCGCAGCCAUGUCAACCUGCAACACAGACAAGGAUAUAUUCUCAGGCUCAUUCGCAUCUGCGCCAUCGUCUUCUGUCUCCCAUCGCUUCUAGCUUGCUUGUCCUUGUGCAUCAGUGCCCUCUUCCCACUGGCCUCUCGCUAUGUUCGGUUCUCGCCGGCAGACAGUCUGGACACUAGACACUUCUAUAUGGGCCCCCGAGGCUGUUGUGGGCGUCGAUCUGCGAGCCCGGUUACUCUUCUUUCAUGGUCGCGAUCGUCGGGAGUGUCGCGUUUGAAUCAUCGUAAUCACAUCAAGGUUGCUACCUCAAAUGUGGAGGCUGCUGCCGUUACUUAACGCGCUUCGGAUAUCGUAUUGUUGGAGAUGAGAACUGAUCUCGCCGUCAAGGAGGCUAAGAUCGCACAGACGCAAAGGGAUAUACCUUCAUGCGAUGAGCGGCGAGCAUCCUAUUACGUCUCGUGG